GACAAAGAGAAAGAAACGAACCAAACGAAGCGAAGCUUCCGCACCAAGACACGUAGCCAAGCAGUUCUGUCCAUGGCGGUCUUUAGCCGUUGCCUGAGUGCGAGAGCAUCGGCGGCGUUAAACCCGGCGACGGCGUUUGCUUACAUAAUUCGAGAUCUCUCCGCUUCUUCUUCUUCUUCUUCUUCGACGUUUAAUUCCGGAAGUGACCUCAAAUCGAGCUCUGUGCUGGUGCAGAAUCCGCUCCAUCUGAAUGGAGGACCCGAGGGUAGAAAUGUCCAGUGGGUGUUCUUGGGAUGCCCCGGAGUUGGGAAAGGCACAUACGCCUCUCGCUUGUCGAAUCUCCUCGGUUUACCUCACAUCGCCACCGGCGAUCUCGUCCGCGAUGAGCUCACUUCCUCUGGUCCCCUAGCCUCUCAGCUCAAGGAGAUUGUUAACCAGGGCAAAUUGGUUUCAGAUGAAAUUAUAAUAAAUUUAUUAAGCAAACGUCUAGAAGCAGGAGAAGCUAAGGGUGAAUCUGGGUUCAUUCUUGAUGGAUUUCCUCGGACAAUAAGACAGGCGGAAAUAUUAGAAGAAGUAACAGACAUUGACUUGGUAAUAAACCUGAAGCUUAGGGAAGAAGCAUUGCUUGCAAAAUGCCUUGGCAGAAGGAUUUGCAGUGAGUGUGGAGGAAACUAUAAUGUUGCCAGUAUUGACAUCAAGGCUGAGAAUGGGAGUCCUGGGAUGUACAUGGCUCCACUUCUUCCUCCCCCUCAAUGUUCAUCAAAGCUCAUUACUCGAGCUGAUGAUACAGAAGAAGUUGUGAAGGAACGGCUCCGUAUUUACAAUGAGAUGACUCAACCUGUGGAGGAGUUCUACCGCUGCCGUGGGAAGUUGUUGGAAUUUGAUCUUCCAGGGGGAAUCCCAGAAUCAUGGCCAAAGUUGCUUCGAGCUCUGAAUCUUGAAGAUCACGAAGACAAAAGGUCUGCAGCAGCAUGAUGCCUUAUAACCCUGUACUAUAUGGAUUAUAUUUACAAGGUAAUUUAGUUCAUUCUUUGCAUGUGCAACUUGUACAUGCAUUUUGAUUUUUGCACACGAACGGAGGUUAAAUAUUUAUAUGAAAUAAGCCAAGAAAUGCCUAAACUUUUAAACGAGGUAGCUUCCUAUUGUUUUAGCCAAUAAGAAAAGAUUCCUUUGUAUCAAGUUAUGUGUAAACGAAUAUGAAUAUGGGAAUAUGAUGGGAGAGGUUGGGGAACUAUGCUAUUUUCAUUGGUUGUUGAUUGCUUGCCUCAGUAAAUAUAUCUGUCAUUCAAUUUUAGCUGUAUAUUUUUAUUAGUAUAUUCUAUUAUGGAUCUUGUGAAUCUGGAAAACUCGGAGAACAGAAACUAAACUAGAAUAUGUAUGGAUAACUUAGAAGUGCAAGUUUAAGCUUUAUCUCUCUGGCAUGAUUUUGUAGCAUGAUUCAUGCGUGUACAUGUAAACUUCAGAAUUUGUGUAUCUGGGUCCUUUUUUUCAAAGUGAUGAAAAUAUGACAACUCUACAAUUGGGGUCGGGGGUAUAGGUUUGCGAGCGCCAUGGUUUGAGCUGGUAUCGUAUGCGUCCAUGGGGUAUACUGAAUCGAUGAAAUUUUUUUGGAAUGUUUGACGGUAGAUAAUGCGGCAAAGAACUGCCUUUUCCUUUUUCAAAAUCCUUAUCCAUUAUUCUCAUAAAAUAUGAGUUGUCUAAUUUGAAAUGUCAUAUUCUUAUUA